AUGCCACGUUCUUUUCGAAGCCUGAGACGAGCAUGGCUCGUUCUGCCACUCAGCACGCGCCCCGCCCGGUUCCAGUCCGCUUUGCUUCGCCAGCUCCCAUCGACUGUCGAACGGCCGGCUGAGGAUCACCGCAAGCCCGAUGAGGAGACGCACGAUAAGCAGGAGCGAAGCAAAUUCGCACGCAGCGUCCUCGAAGGCAGCACCGUGGCUCUCAUCUCGCUGCUAGGUCUGGGUCUUGGCGGAUAUGCAUACAGCGUGUUCUACAAGAGCACCGUUAGGAGGAAGAUUGAGAAUGCCUUCUCGACGGGCUACAGCUCGCAGGAACGCGUGGCGUUGGGCCGCAUUGCCCACGGCACAGAGGCGGAUAAAAUGCAGGAAAUCGUGGACAAGGAGUUCUGGGUGCCUCGAGACGAUCAGGAAGCAGUCAACGAUAUCGUCAGCGGAAAGGCCAGAGGGAAAUACUAUCUCAUAAUCGGUGAGAGAGGCACUGGAAAGCGCGCCCUGUUACUCGAAGCUAUGCGCAAGGUCAAUGGCGACGGUGUAGCCAUGCUGGAGGCACACAGCGAGCUGGAGGUCUUCCGAACGCGGCUUGGUAAGGCCAUCGACUAUGAGUUCCAUGAGGACUACAUCGGAGGCUUGUUCAGCAUCAGAGGACCGCGAGACAGCACCCCUCUGCUCGACAUUGAACGAGCCUUGAACCAGCUGGAGAAGGUUGCCCUGUCGAUGAGAAAGCGGCGUGGAAAGCCCCUUCUGAUGGUCAUCAACAACAUCCAUCUGUGCAAGGACGAUGACCAGGGUCGCGAUCUGAUGGAGAUACUACAACAGCGAGCGGAGAUAUGGUCGAGCACCGAACUGGUCACAGUCGUGUUUACCUCAGACGAGCACUGGACUCUGGAGCAACUGAUCCCACACGCCACCAACAUGCACGUCAUGAAUGUCCGCGACAUCCGAAAACACGUAGUGGUCGAUGCGUUGAGGAAGUACCGUGCCAGGUACCACAACGAACACGUGCCUCAGAGCAUCUUGGAUGAGGUCUUUGCGAAGGUUGGCGGUCGGCUCAUAUUCCUCAACCAAGUCGCAAAAUCGAACGACAUGCUGCAGAUAUGCGCAAACAUCAAUCGACGCGAGAAGUCGUGGUUCCUCAAUCAGUGCUGGAUUCUCGGGGAUUCAAUGGACGACGAUGUCGAAGAGCAACAGAAGUUCUGUGCCGCAGCCAUCGUUCUUGCGCGAGCGCUUGUCACCCGGGAGAAGGAGCUCGCUGAUCCAAACGGCGUUCUUCCUGAGAUACCACUGCAUGAAGCACGUCAGAUCAUCACUCGCGCCGACUUCGUCAAACCCUUUGACCACAUCAACGUCAUCCAUAUCGAUGCAUGGGGCAUGGUACGGGCUGAUUCAGUGCCGAUGCAGAAUGCUUUCCGUGAGAUCUGCAGCGAAGAGGGCUUCGAAGAGCAUCUGAAGGCCACGCUGAACAGGCUUGAUGAGUUGGAGAGCUUGGCAAGGACUAGAGAGGUGAGCUGGAGGGCUGCACCGGACAGGAGCUGGGGCAUUGUGCCCGUGCAGACGUACUGUGCGCAGAUUUCGAAUCCGAGAGCUUGA